CCACCCACCCCGGCCGCCUCUAGUCCUGCGGAGGGCCUCCCCCUCCGGCCCGCACACGCACGGAGUCACGCGUGCGGCGGGCGCUCUGGAAACCGAGGCCGCUGCAGGACGAACAAGGGUAAAGAAGGGUGCUGGCGCCACCCCAAGCCCAGACCUCCUGUGUCCCGCAGGUGACCACAGACGAUGUCGAUGAAUGAGGUCAAAGAGUCCCUCCGAGGUGUGGAGCAGAAGUACAAGCUCUUCCAGCAGCAGCAGUUCACCUUCAUCACGGCUCUGGAGCACUGCAGGGAGAACGCACAUGACAAGAUCCGGCCCAUCUCCAGCAUCGGACAGGUGCAGAGCUACGUGGAGCACCACUGCUACAACUCCACGGAGCGGCGGGUCCUGCUCAUGUUCCUGGACAUCUGCUCAGAGCUGAGCAAGCUCUGCCAGCACUUCGAGGCUGUGCACGCUGGCACCCCGGUCACCAACAACCUCCUCGAGAAGUGCAAGGCCCUGGUUAGCCAGAGCAAUGACCUGAGUAGCCUGAGGGCACGGUAUCCUCAUGAUGUGGUGAACCACCUCAGCUGUGAUGAGGCCAGGAACCACUAUGGAGGGGUGGUCAGCCUCAUCCCCCUCGUGCUGGACGCAAUGAAAGAAUGGAUCGCCCACUCGGAGAAGCUGCCCCGCAAGGCGCUGCAGCCUGUGAGUGUGCCCCCGGCUCCACAGAAAGCUACUGGGGCACCAGAGCAUUCCCUGGCCGGGCUAAGAAAACUCAAGUGUAGGCAACUUCUGAAAGACAGCCUCAGGCCUAGGGGGAGAGACAAAGGUCGCAGCAAACCUCCCUGGAGGCCACCUGGUAGGAACCUCUAACUCCAGGCCCAGGUUGCUCUCCUUAGGAAGUUUGGUUCCAGCUGGGUGACCCAUCCUUACUGAUACAGCCUGCCACGAAGCCCCGAGGGGCCAAGACACUGUUGAGAAGCUCCCUUCUCUUGCCUUCUCCUCCAAAUGUUCAGUUCUAAUCUCUAUGAUGCCGACGCUUCACGGGCUGCCCGGGCUGUGUGGUGCUGCUGGUAGGUGUCCCACAGCAAGGGCGCUGCGCUGGCACCCCUGUGCCUGGCUGCCCAGCUCUGGUUCCAGUUCUGCGGGGAGCACCCUCACGCUGUUAGGGGCGCGAGGGCCAGCUCUCCGUAGGACAGGCAGGUCCAGCUUCCUAGUGGAAGCUUGGGGUCAGCCUGUGUUCACGGGCCUGGACCGAACGGUGGGGAUGAACCCCACCACCCCUCUCCUUUGCUUGGAAAAGGGCGAGCAUGGCAGGAGCUGGCACAGAUCUGCUUUGUGGCUUUUGCGCAAGUACUGCUAAGGCCCAGACGUUGUAAAAUGUGUCCCUGGCUCCUGAGCGUGCCACAAGUCACGCUGACUGUUGGUUUCUCCCUUCACAGGGCACAACUUAGCUUCUGUAUUGUUGCUUCCUCGGGGGGAGACGGUCAAGAAUAAAGUGUU